AUGGAGGUGGCGCAGAUGAAGCGGGGCGGCGAGACGUGCUUCCUACUCCAGGCGGCAGCCGUGGUCUCAUACAUGGUGCUGCUGAUGGCGUCGACGGGGGCGCGCGCGCAGAUGCGGGUGGGGUUCUACGACAGCUCGUGCCCGGCGGCGGAGAUCAUCGUGCAGCAGGAGGUGAGCAAGGCGGUGUCGGCCAACCCGGGCCUCGCCGCCGGACUCCUCCGCCUCCACUUCCACGACUGCUUCGUCGGGGGCUGCGAGGCGUCCGUGCUGAUCGACUCCACCAGCGGCAACACGGCGGAGAAGGACGCCGGGCCGAACAAGAGCCUGCGGGGCUUCGAGGUGAUCGACAGGAUCAAGGCGCGGGUGGAGCAAGCCUGCUUCGGCGUCGUCUCCUGCGCCGACAUACUCGCCUUCGCCGCAAGGGACGCGCUCGCGCUGACCGGCGGGAACGGGUACCAGGUCCCGGCGGGGCGGCGGGACGGGAGCGUGUCGCGGGCGCAGGACACGGGCGGCAACCUGCCACCGCCGACCCCCAACGUGAACCAGCUCACAAAGAUCUUCGCCUCCAAGGGGCUCAACCAGAAGGACUUGGUCACGCUCUCCGGGGCGCACACCAUCGGCGGCUCGCACUGCAGCUCCUUCAGCAGCCGCCUGCAGUCGCCGUCUCCGACGGCGCCGGACCCGACCAUGGACCCCGGCUACGUAGCGCAGCUCGGGCAGCAGUGCGCCGGCGCCUCGCCGGGCGCGCUCGUGCCCAUGGACGUCGUCACCCCCAACACAUUCGACGAAGGGUUCUACAAGGGCGUCAUGGCCAACCGCGGCCUGCUCGCCUCCGACCAGGCGCUGCUCAGCGAUGGCAACACCGCACUGCAGGUCGUCACCUACGCCAACGACCCGGCCACCUUCCAGAGCGACUUCGCCGCAGCAAUGGUCAAGAUGGGCUACGUCGGCGUGCUCACCGGCAGCAGCGGCAAGAUCAGAGCCAACUGCAGGGUCGCAUGA